CAGAUAAUGAAGGUCGUACACCACUACAUGCUGCUUGUAUGCAGGAUAAUGAAGAAAUUGUUGAUCUUUUGAUUAAAAAUAAAGGUGAUUUCUUUAAAGUGACCAACAAUGGAGGAACUCCACUUUGUUUGGCUUGCUUUUAUGGUCGUGAUAAAAUUGUCAGCACUUUAUUGUCAUUGUGUUCUGAUGAAGAUAGAAAGAGAAUGUUUGAUGUAUCAGUAGGAGAUGGAGGCAAGGCACCACUUCGUAUUGCUUAUGAAUGGAAUCACACUAAAGUUGCUAAUAUCCUACUAAAGCAUGGAGCUGAUCCAAAUAUAUUUAAAAGAGGUUCUACUGAUGAUGAGAAAGGCUCUCCUUACCAGAUGCAAAGUUUAUUGGCAAACAUUGACAUGACCAUGUUACAAAUUGCUGCUAAAUUUGGUAUUGUGAAUGUCGUGAAAGUAUUGCUUGAAGGAAUUCCACUGGAUGAUGAUGAUACUGACUCUCGAAUGGAGUGUGCUGUCUAUCACUCUGAUGCUGAUAGAAAAAGAGACAUAUCUACUUCACUUCUUCUCGCUUGUAAAGAAGGACACGUUCAAGUAGUUAAACUACUCCUGGAACACAAUGCUGAUGUUAGUCACACAGAUACUGAUGGUGAUACAGCACUUCAUAUUGCCAGCAAGAAAGGACAUUCACAAGUUGUUAAAGUACUACUGGAUCAUGACCGUGCUUCAUUCAUUAAUGACACUGAUUCUUGUAAACGUACUCCACUUUUCAUUGCAUGUGAGGAAGGUCAUGUUCAAGUAGUUAAAGUAUUGCUGGAGUAUGAUGCUGAUGCCACUGUAGCUGAUCAGGAUGGUCUUAAUCCUCUUGAUAUUGCUGUAGAGGAAGGACACAGGUGAGGAUUAUUGAUUAAUUCUG